AAGAGAAGCAAUGGGAUCAGUUGGAGAAAUCUAUGAAGCUCAGCACUCACAGGGUCCAGCCACAGUACUGGCCAUUGGCACAGCAAAUCCAUCCAACUGUGUCUAUCAGUCUGAGUUCCCAGAUUUCUACUUCAGAUCCACAAAGACAGCAAGAAGCAAUGGGAUCAGUUGGAGAAAUCUAUGAAGCUCAGCGGUCCCAGGGUCCAGCCACAGUACUGGCCAUUGGCACAGCAAAUCCAUCCAACUGUGUCUAUCAGUCUGAGUUCCCAGAUUUCUACUUCAGAUCCACAAAGAGUGAGCACAUGAUUGAAUUAAAGGAGAAGGUCAAGCGAAUCUGUGAUAGAUCAACAAUCAGAAAACGUCAUCUCUACAUGACAGAGGAAACUAUGGAGGAGAACCCCAACUUCUACAACUCUACGGCUCCAACACUUGAUGCACGCCAAGAUAUUAUGAUUGUUGAGGUUCCUAAGUUGGCUAAAGAAGCAGCUUUAAAAGCCAUCAAUGAAUGGGGGCAGCCCAAAUCAAAGAUCACCCAUAUUGUAUUCACUACCAUUUCUGGUGUUGAUGCCCCUGGUGCCGACUUCCAACUCAUCAAGCUCCUUGGCCUUUCACCGACCGUCAAACGUGUGAUGAUGUAUCAUCUAGGCUGCUACGGUGGUGGCAGUGUCCUCCGUGUUGCCAAAGACCUUGCUGAGAAUAAUAAAGAUGCUCGUGUCCUCGUUGUUUGUUCGGAGUUAAACUCAGUUAGUGGCUUCAAGGGACCUACUGAGACCGACUUCCACACCUUACUUGGGCAAGCAAUCUUCGCAGAUGGCGCUGCAGCUUUAAUAGUUGGUGCAGAUCCUGACACAUCAGUUGAACGCCCACUAUUCCAACUUUUCUCAGCAGGUACUCGAAUUCUCCCAGACUCAGAUGAUAUGGUUGAAGGUCACUUGCGUCAAACAGGUCUUUCAAUCAGCUUAUCCAAGGAUGUAGCAAAAACUAUUUCUGGGAACAUCGGAAAAUGCUUGGAAGAAGCAUUCAACAAGAUUGGUAUUAGUGAUUGGAACUCCAUUUUUUGGGUGUCUCAUCCUGGUGGACCGGCAAUUUUGGACCUGAUGGAAGCGACCCUUGGUUUGAAGGAGGAAAAACUGAAGGCAUCAAGGAAAGUGUUGAGCGAAUAUGGUAAUAUGUCAAGCCCCACUGUGAUGUUCAUUUUGGAUGAGAUGAGAAAUAAGUCUCUUAAGGAAGGGAAAACCACUACUGGAGAAGGGUUUGAUUGGGGUGUGUUAUUAGGAUUUGGUCCAGGUCUGACUGUGGAGACAAUUGUCUUGCGUAGCAUUGGUACAAUUUAAUCCAGGCUUGCUAAUCUUA